GGAGGAGGUGGAGGUGGCGGUGGAGGUGGAGGAGAGAAGACUGCCUUUUCCUUUAAGAAGUGCUCAGCUUUUCAGUUUGUCAAGAGGAAGGUACGUAGAUGGAUGAGGAACCCGAAGGUGAGCGUGGAGAAGGCUCAGGGGAAAGGCCUCCUCUACCCAUGUCCAAAGUGUCCUCUGGCCGACGACUUGUGGUACUCGCACUUCCCCUCACCGUACGGCUGCUGUCACUACAGCGGCCUGCAGGGCGGCAUGUACUACCAUCAGGAGCAAUGCUCGCCGUGCCCCGCCAGCGGACAAAGCAGCAGCCAUGACAAGAACAAGGGAUGCAAGGUCAGGAAAUGGAAGAUGCUGGCUCGCCAUCACGGUGAUGGUACAAGCAAGCAGAAAGAAGCGGAGUCAGAUGUCCACCUGGGCGGGUGUCAGUCGUGGGGGGUCCACGCCUCACCCUACCUGGCCAGCCCUGUCAUGCUAGAGUGCUCCAUCUGCAGCGGGCCCUACAUCAGCUACACCCUGGAGGAACCCUGGCAGCCACGGCAACGCACACAGGCAAUGGACCUGUACUACCACAAUGAGUCAGACCCAGACAGCUACUGUUGCCCUGGUGAGAACACUUUUAUGAAACAGAGGAGGAUGGGGCUGAACGACUUCAUUCAGAAGCUUGCCACAAACUCCUACGCCUGCAAGCAUCCUGAAGUUCAGUCUAUUCUGAACUUGAGUUCUCCUCAGGAUGCUGAGCUCAUGAAUGCAAACCCGUCUCCUCCUCCCAGUCCAUCCCAACAGAUCAACCUCGGUCCUUCCUCCAACCCUUCAGCCAAACCCAGCGACUUCCACUUCCUCAAAGUGAUCGGAAAGGGAAGCUUCGGGAAAGUUUUGCUUGCACGACACCGCAGCGAUGACGAGUUUUACGCCGUGAAAGUCUUACAAAAGAAGGCGAUUCUCAAGAAGAAGGAGGAGAAGCACAUUAUGUCAGAGAGGAAUGUGCUGCUAAAGAAUGUCAAGCACCCGUUCUUGGUCGGCCUGCACUACUCUUUCCAAACAGCAGACAAGCUCUACUUCAUUUUGGACUACAUCAAUGGCGGAGAGUUGUUCUACCACCUACAGAGAGAGCGCUGCUUCCUCGAGCCCAGAGCCAGGUUCUACUCAGCAGAGAUCGCCAGUGCUCUCGGGUACCUCCACUCCCUCAACAUCGUCUACAGAGACCUGAAGCCAGAGAACAUCCUGCUGGACUCGCAGGGACACAUCAUUCUGACAGAUUUCGGCCUGUGCAAGGAGAACAUUGAACCCAAGGGCACCACGUCGACCUUCUGCGGUACGCCAGAGUAUUUAGCGCCUGAAGUUCUACACAAGCAGCCAUACGACAGAACAGUAGACUGGUGGUGUUUAGGAGCUGUUCUCUACGAGAUGCUCUACGGCCUGCCUCCAUUCUACAGCCGCAACACAGCCGAGAUGUACGACAACAUCCUGAACAAGCCGCUGCAGCUGAAACCCAACAUUUCCAACGCGGCUCGACAUCUGCUGGAGGGUCUGCUGCAGAAGGACCGCACCAAGAGGCUGGGCUGCACGGAGGACUUUAUUGAAAUAAAGAACCACGUAUUCUUCUCCCCCAUCAACUGGGACGACCUCAGCGCCAAGAAGAUCACCCCUCCCUUCAACCCGAAUGUGACGGGACCCAACGACCUGCGGCACUUUGAUCCAGAGUUCACAGACGAGCCGGUGCCCAGCUCCAUCGGCUGCUCCCCGGACAGCGCACUUGUCACAGCCAGUAUCAAAGAGGCGGCCGAGGCCUUCGUGGGCUUCUCCUAUGCGCCCUCCAUGGACUCCUACCUAUAGGAUUAUAACGCAGGCACUCAGUAUGGACCCCAAUGCGGACUCAAUGGACAUGAACUGGGGUUUUUUCCAUUGACUUGCAUCUUGACCCCACUUUACAUUUCCAAUCAGGAAGAUGGAUAGAUCAGAAUUAACCCCUGCAACAUCUCUAAAAAAUCUGUCUUUGCAAACUCUCCAACUCUUGAAUGCAUUUCCAAGUCCUACCACAAGACUAUGCAAGCCACAAUAAAUUAACUUAUUGGGGUUGUUGUCUAUCUUUCCCUGAUGAACCAACGCACAAUCCCUUCAACUUCUACAACAUGACUCAAAAUUAAAGCUCUGCAGCCUUCCAAGGUCUUAGUGGAAGUCCUUAGCACACAGCCGAGGCAGCAAACAGGCAGCCACGACCAACAAGCACACACAACAACUUUUUUUCUCAAGAAGAAAUCUGGAUUGUUUUGUACAAGCCCUGAGGAGGAUUUCCAUCUUCAUCCAUGUAGCGAAACAUCUUUAACCUGUCGAGAUUCUGUCAAACCACCCACGUAGACCGGAGCUUUUUUGAGUUUUGAUUGAGUAGCUUGGAGACAAGGUUCAUUUUGGUGCUUUAGUUUCUUUUCAUUUACUGUCUGAGAAGGGAGUCACUUGAGGCUGAAUGUUACAGAGGGGGGGAUGCUUUGUUUUGUUUUUCUCUCUGAUGUGCCUUUAUUUUUCCUCUCCAUCAGAGCUCACAUCUGUUGGGUUUGUCCAUGUCGAUGUCACCUUCUUGUUGGGUUUUUUUUUCUUUCCGACUUUUGGCGUCACCGGAGAGGAACGAUGUAGCAUUAAAUUUAAACACAAGUUCCUACGUCUCUUACAUGUGAGACGUAGGAACUCGAACGAUGUUUCAAAACUUUAUUUGCACAUAAAACAAUAACGGUAAUACUGAGAGAGAGAGAGAGAGAGAGAGAGAGAGAAUGAGAGAGAAUGAGAGAGCACUGCUGCUAGAGAGAGAGAGAGAGUGAAGUGUUUGUGUUGUUCUUCUUGCCAACAUGUCCCCUCUUAUUGAGUCUUCCAUUCGCCUCACAUUAAUGCACCGGCAGCCUCAAGCCGAGCAGAUGACAUGGAGAAGCUGAACAUUCCAUUUUAAUAUUGCUGUAAUGCAGUUUGACGGUAUUUAAGUUUGUUUGUAUAUUUGGAGUCAUGUGUACUAGUUUUAAUGUAUAUUGAACAAAAAAUGACUAAAGGUAUGCUUUAAUAUGUAUAUGUAACGAUUCAUGUUAAAUGUACUGUAAAUUGUAAAACUGUCUAAGAUUUAUGUGACAAAUGUUUGGUUUGCAAUAAAAGUUUAACUUUA